AUGGCGAUGGUUGUUCCUUUCCGAGAGGGUAUGAGUGUAGCGGAGCUUAAAGAGAACGUGUUGGCCGAGUUUUUUGGGAAUGACAGCUUUGGGAAGAGUAUCUCGCUCAGUUACUGGCCACCUAACAGCUCCGAACUCGUGACAGCGUACAAUACACCUGUGGCGGGAGGGAAAAGGAAAAGCGUGUUCGAGGAAGAAGGGAGUUAUGCGAAAAAUGGGCGAAAUGCCGAAAUGUAUGACGGGUAUGGAUCUUCCGCUGGGUCGAAGACGUUUCCAUUGGAGGUUGAUGACGAGGAGAUUCUGAGUCAUGUGGAGAUGACGGAAGAGAAGCGUAGGAGAGAGCGGUCUGAGGUGGCGGAUGGUGACUGUACUACUGAGAAAUUUGAAUCGGACUCGGAAGGUAGCGGCCAGAGUUUUGAUGAAGACAUAAACGUGCAGCCGAUGGGGUGUGACAAUGAUUUCUGGGAGCCAUUACUAGAUGAUUCGUAUGGUGGUUCGAAUGCGGCUGAGUUCAUGUGUCCUCCAGCCGAAGAAGGUGAUAAUAAAGUCAAUGAGCCACGAAGGAUUAUAUUCUUCUCCACUAAUAGCGCGUUCGACCACAGCGUCUUGACUGGCGAGGGGAGUGUGGAUGACGCCGCGUGUAAGAAAGAAGGCAGCUGUGGCAGUGGAUACAAGGGAGUGGAUAAUGUGGGGGGUGAAAACUGGGCAGGGCCAAUGGAAAUUGUGAAAGAUGGUUUUAAAGCGGGUUCAUCUGGCAGUGUUGGUGGACGUAAUGUCGUGGACGGUUUUUGUGGAAACAAUAGUACUGGACGGCGAAGGAUGGGUGAAGAGAAGAUUGAUAAUUUCUGUGUUGACGAAAAUUGGUUGGGUGAUGGUAGAUGUAAUGGCAUGGACAGUUGCCUUGGAACCAGAAACAGUGGUCCGGGGGCGCGAAGCAAUGAGCGACAGGAUGAUACAAGAAAGAAAGCGGGUAGGCAAAAGGAGACUCGGUACCCAUCGGUGGGAGAAAUUCCUGUAAGUAGGGUGAAGAAGGAGAAACCUAACAAAUGUGGCUGUUGUAGAAAUCCUGGACACAAUAGGACGAGUUGUCCACAUCCGAAGUGA